AUGGGAGGUCUGAAAGAUGACGAAUGUAGAACAAAAUUCCGCCAACGUGUGCCUAUUCAUGACGCUGCAAGGGAAACGUUCCCGGUUCUAUUGCCACCGAAGAAGUUUGCCUUUGCAUCUGCGGAAACAAAACCCACGUACAAUUCUGUAAGUGUCGCGCGCAGCAGUGGUGACUUCAACCAGGAAAGGAAACUGCGUCGUCAACUGCAACAAGAUCGAGAUAACGAGUGGACGUCAAGAGAGAUGGAGUUUGAAAAAGCGCGGGAGGACAAGAACCCACGGAAAGCCUAUGCUUUACUAAAACACAAGCCUUCCAAUUUGGAGGAACACUUCAAAACCUUGCUGAACCGGCAAGCACCGUCAGCUCCUGAACUCGAGCACGUUCAUAGGCCGACAUAUGCGGUUAACGUGGAACCACCGACCGAGUCGGAGGUUCUGGUCUGUAUCCAUAAGAAGAAAAAUGGAAAAUCUGGUGGAGACGACGGGAUUAGCGCAGAAAUGCUGAAAUAUAUUUCUCCGUCUGGGAUUCGUGAGAUGACAAAGAUCAUCCGUUCAAUAUCUAUAGACGGAAGGAUGCUUGACUCGUGGAGACACGCUAUCAUAAUUUUCCUCCACAAAAAGUUAACCGUCACGGAACCUAAGAACUAUCUAGGAAUCUCAUUGUUGCGGGUUAUGCACAGAGUUUUGAAGCGGAAGCGAGAGCAAGCUGGCUUUCGUCCUCGUCGAUCUACGAUUGACCAGGUGUUUAUCGUCAAGACAGUGAUCGAAAUCUGGCAGCGGUAUUCGAAGCCAAUCCAAAUAGCGUUUCUGGACUUUGGAGCUACGUUCGACUCUCCUCACAGAGGCCGUCUUCUCGACGUGCUCCGCGCAGAGUAUCAGGAAAGUGGCAACUGGAGCAAGACAAGGGGCAGUGGCAUUACCCUUCCAGUUCAAUUUCGCCAUCGACGACAUUAUGCGAAGAAAAGUAGAUCAGUGUCCUGCCGAUAUCAUUCUAGCACCAUCAGGACGCCCCAGGAUCUCGAUUAUGCCACCGACAUUGUUAUAUUCGCGGAAAGCAGUACGAAACUUCAACAUGUUGUCAACCUUGUAUCGAAGCUGCCUGUAGCCUAUGGACUACGUCUGCGCCCUGAUAAAUGCGAGCAGAUGUGGAUCUCUUCGAGACCUCGAACGGGAACCAUAGUGGACGGACAACCGAUAGAACUCGUCGAUGAGUUCGGUUACUUGGGCUGUACGCUGAAGAACAUCGGCAGCUACGAGAAAGAUAUUCAGCAAAGAUGCGGUAAGGCCAUUCCUGCAUCUAACUCCUUAACGAAAUUCCUGUGGUCGACCACAUCACCAACGAAGUCAACCUGCGAGUCUACCUAUCCGCAAUUUGCCCCAUCAUGA